AUGAGGGGCGAGGAGGGCGGGCGGCACGCUAGGCUGCAUGAUUUUUGCCUGACGAUUCCCUUUGGAGGCGUCACCCUGCUGGCGGGCGCCGUCAGCCUCAUCUUCGGCUCUGGCGAGGUCGGCGGCCUCAUCACCCUGUCGGGAGCGGCCCUGUGUGCCUGCGCCCUCCUCAGCCUGAAGGCCUGGAAGGCAGGGCUGUCGUCAGCGCAGUACACCGCGGCAUCCACUGGUGUUACAACAGGGUUGUGUGCUCUACUGUGGAGAGACUUUCAGCAAAGGGGUCGGGCAGUUGCACCUGCUCUCCUCCUUGCCCUUGGAGUAGCAAUGCUCGUCUUCUACAUCUACAACAUCUGCUCAGGGGGGAACCCGCCUAAACGCAAAGCUGAGUGA